GUAAAAUGAAAGAAAAAAAAACAUGAUAGAGAAGGAAGGGAUCAUGGAACCAAAGGGUUCAUAUCUUGGAGCUUCACUUCCUGUUCCAAAUGUACAAGAACUCGUGAAGAAACCACUCACGAGGGUUCCACCUCGCUAUAUUCGACCCGAUCAAGACUCUCCGAUCAUAUCAUCCCUACCAUCUUCACGGCCUCAAGUACCCGUUAUUGAUAUGGAGCGCUUAUCGUCUCAAGAUUUGGCAGAAGUCGAAAAACUACACGUUGCUUGUAGAGACUGGGGCUUUUUUCAGUUGAUAAAUCAUGAAGUGAGUUUUUCAUUACUUGAGAAAUUUAAGAAAGAGACACAAGAAUUCUUUAACUUGCCAUUAGAGGAGAAACAGAAGUAUGGGCAAACGGCCGAAGAUCUUGAAGGAUUUGGACAAGCUUUUGUUGUUUCAGAGGAGCAAAAGCUAGACUGGUCUGACAUGUUCAGCAUCGUUACACUUCCUUCUCAUCUUCGAAAGCCACACUUGAUACCUAAGUUAUCUCACCCAUUCAGACAACUGUCACAACGCGUGAACACAGUGGAGUCUCUGAGAAUUCAUGUACCAUGUUCGAGAGAAGCCAUAGAAGAAUACUCAAAAGAAGUAGAGAAGGUAGCCUUAAAAACUCUGAUGUUCAUGGCGAAAGCUUUGAAGAUGGCGGAUGAAGAGAUGAAAGUAUUGUUUCCCGAUGGACUCCAAGCGAUUAGGAUGAACUACUAUCCGCCGUGUCCACAACCUGAACAAGUCAUCGGCUUUACUCCUCACGCAGACGGUAGUGCAGUCACUUUCCUUCUUCAAGUGGAUCAAGUAGAAGGCCUCCAAAUAAAAAAAGAUGGUGUUUGGAUCCCCGUUAUACCACAUCCCAACGCUUUCAUUGUUAAUAUUGGUGAUGUCAUACAAAUUGUAUCCAAUGGAGAAUAUAAAAGCAUUGAGCAUCGAGCAGUUGUGAACGCAGAGAAAGAAAGGAUAUCCAUAGCCACAUUCAUAAACCCGAAUUUGGGUGUGGAGAUAGGACCUGCGCUAAGCCUCAUUACUCCUGAGACACCAGCAAGAUUUACAAGGAUAUGUUUUGGCGAUUUCUUGAAAAAGUACUUAUCUCGGGAACUUAAAAGCAAAAGUAACAUUGACCAAUACUAUAUAUGAUGUUCAUGUAAAAAUAAACCGUGUAAUAUAUUAUCCAGCUAUUUGUACUGUAAUGAAAAUGUGUUGUUGUAAGAUCGUACUGGAAACAGGAGUAUAUAGAAAUAUUUCUAUAUACUAUUUAAUCUUCGACCAUGGUCGUCAACAUCUCUUAAUGAAGUUAUCGUUUGUGUGUGUAUA